UCCAGCCAGAGUAACGGUAGCCGUUUCCUCCGACCCCUCAUUGUCUCUGUUUGUUGACGUUUGCUGGAGUUUCAGGGUUAGUUAGUAACGGGGGGGGGGUGUCUGCCUGUUCUACCGGGGACGUCGUGUGGAAGUAACAGAGCUACCGAGCUUAAAUGGGUUUUCGAAUAAAAAGAUGAUCGCCUCACUUUCGAGAGGAAGUUUGCUGGAUGAGGUUCUUCACGGGGGCUUUAACGAGCAGCAGCUGGCAGCGUAUGUUUCCUGGGUGAACUCCCAGCUGAAGAGGAAACCAGGCCUGAAGUUGAUCACAGACCUCAGGGGUGACCUACAGGAUGGGGUUGUGCUCACACAACUCAUAGAGAUAGUUGCUGGGGAAAUCCUGCAGGGAGUUUACCUCACUCCCCAGAACAAAGAAGAAAGCCGGAAGAAUGUGGAGCAAGUCUUGCAGUUCAUUUCCUCCAGACAUAUACGCAUGCCACACAUUACUGCAAGAGACAUUGUGGAUGGUAAUUUGAAAUGUGUAAUGAGGGUAAUUCUGGCGCUGGCUGCCCACUUCAAACCCUCUGCCAAUCACAGAGCUGCCUCUGGAAGUGGGAGGGCUUUAACAAGAGGCUCUUCCAAUCACAAUCCACUCUCCACUGUUGCAUUAGCACAAGGUGCAGCCGCAGCCCUGGCAUCAGCACGACAUGAUGCCUCACAUCCUGCACGUGCAACACGUAUGAACAGUGGCAUGGGGUUUGAUAUGGAAAAGAGUGUGUGUGUUCGUGCUCUGGUGAAGCAGUAUGAGAAAGGAGCUCCGGAUGAGCCUGACAAUCUUCAGCCUAACAGCCUCAGCUCUGUUAGUCCUCUGUCAUCUCCAAGAGCUCCACCCAGCAGCCACUCAGAGGGACAGCAGGAGGACCACCAACAACAGGAGUCCAUUGCUGAGUCAUGUUAUGCUGUAGUGGAAACAGCGUGGGAUGAUCCUGUCAGUGAAAACUUGGAGAAGGAGGUGCAGGAGACACGUAAAAUGGUGUCAGCUUUGCAGGCGCUGCUACUACAUGGUUCGCUGCCCGAGGAUGAACAGGACGAAUCUUUGAGUUUGGACCAAGGCAGCGCUGAGCAGCAACUGGUAGUCAUUCGCAGUCGUUUAGACCAGAGUAUGGAGGAGGCUCAGGAGCUGAAGAGGGAACUGUUGCGCUGUAGGCAGGAGAUGAGAAACCUGCAGGCAAUCAAGGACGCUCAGCAGCAGAGGCUGUGCUCACAGGAGACAAUGAUACUGCAAAUGAAGCAAGAGCUGCUCAGAGGCAGCAUGACAAAGGAUGAACUCAACAACCUGAAAGCAGAGCUACAGUGGAAGCUGGAUGAAUGUAACAGGCUCUGGGGUGAAUGUAAGAAGGAGGUCGGGCAGAAGGACAGACAGCUGCAGCAGCUCAAACAAAAGCUUGAAGAAAGCAAAAAAACGCAGAUUCCCACAGGCACUGAAAACAACGGAUAUUCUAACUGUGGAAACCCAGCUCCCUCCAUGUCAGAUCAGGCAGAGGAGGUUCAGCUGCUCAGGGAUGCUCUCAGGAGUUUGAGGAACAACUUCAGAGACCACGACCCACAGCACCAUACACUGGACACCCUGGAGCAGGGCAUAGUAUCACUAAUCGACAGGCUGCAUGUUCUGCAUACACACAGGGGAAGAGGGAAAUCUCCAAGACGCAAAAAUCAGCUCCCGGACUCUGAUGCCUGGCCUGGUACAAAGGUCUGUAACUCCAGCAGUGUCCCCUCUGUGUCCACUAAAAUUCUUUAUUUUACUGGAAAAUCCUCAACACCUUCCAUGAUCAAUAUACCGAAGAGGCUUGGUGAGGUGACUCUCAAGGAUGUUAAGGCAGCUGUGGAUCAAGAGGGGAACUACAGGUACCACUUCAAGGCCCUGGACCCUGAGUUUGGCACUGUGAAAGAAGAGGUAUUCCAGGAUGGAGCAAUCAUUCCAGGCUGGGAAGGAAAGAUUGUGGCCUGGGUUGAAGAGGACCACGGUGAGGAAAGACCGGUGUAGGUUCAAGAUGAUGGGCCGUGACACUUUCUUUUUGCUCCUGGAGGAACAUCAACACAGCUGCUUAGAACAAAAGGCACAAGAGGACCCUUCCUGGAUUUUCAUCAUGACUUGUUAGCAAUAGAUGUGGGUUGAUCAUCUGGUUUUAAACCAGACUGAUAGCCAAACUCCCUCUGGAAACAGUUGAUCUCUCUAACUGAUGUCCAGAAUAUUGUAAUGCUCAGUGCCUUACAAAGGAAAUGUAUUAUGUCAUUAGUAUUUCAAUGAUUGAGCAGUACUGGAAUCAAAGAAAUAGAAACAUUGUCUAAUAUCAUAGUGUUGUUUCACCUGUAGUUCAGUACAGUUCAGUUUGCACUGAAGAAAAAAAAAGUCCUUAUAUAAGUAAAGCAAAUAGAACCAGAUUACUUCCUAGAAAUAUGUAUUUUCAAUUGAUCUUUAGCCCAAGCAAAUGCCCAUCUGAAUUUAGAAUUUUAUAAUGUAAUUUGCCUGUAUUUUAUAAAUUAUCAAAAAAAAGACUACAUAUCUAAUGAAAAAAACAUUUGGGGAAAAUAAGGGUGGAUAAUCUCUCAAGAAUUCAUUUUAUCUUCAUUUUGGUCAACUGCUGACUAAAACACUGACCAGAUACCACCUCCUCAUAUUGUUUUAAAUAUGUUUUAAAAGACAGCAGCGAAAGGAGGUUUUAUUUGUAAGCCUGUUUUACUUUUGAGGACUCAAAAUUCAGAAGUUAAUUCAAACAUGUCUGUCUAACAAAAAUGUGCGUUAACAUUCUCAGCGUGAACUGCUGUCACUGAAUCAAAUGAUGCUGGAACUUGUUUGUUUUCACGUAGAAGUGGAAAUAAAAGGCACUGUUAUUUUGUUUACUUAUAGAUAUUUAGUACAUUUUUGUGAACUAUUUUUUACAUUAACCCUUACAGUUCUUUUAACUAGUCACUUAACUGAAGAGAGAUUUGUUUGAGGUGAGAUGCCUCUGCUCCUUUUUGAUAGAUGCUGUGGAUGUGACUUUUUCCUUAAUGAUUCAAGCUGACUUGUGCUCAGAUCUAGACUUUAUCACUAUUUAUUGUUUGUUUGUGUCUGUGUGUAUGAGGGUGUGUGUGUGUGUGAGAGAGAUCAGGAUGGACCUUUGACUUAUAAAUGCCAUACGAACAGUGAUCACAGCUGUUGUUCUUGAUGCAGUAAAAUGUUCAGCUCUAGUUUUAGGACAUUUAUUGACCAUUAAGAAACAGACUACUUCAAAUAAAUGUUUUCUUAACUCUGCUUCUAUCUUCCCAUUUUGGGAUUCAUUUUACAACAUGCCAACAAAAAUAUCCAUCAGUCUACUUAACCAUGACCUAUGUGAAUGCCAUGACUGCCUUUGUAAAGUGUAUUAUUUGCUUUUGAAAUGCAUUUUUUGAGCAUGGAUUUGUUUGCUUGAGAAAAAAGAAUGGCCUUUGUUGAGUUUCAGAAAGACAUGUGUUACAAUUAAAACUGUUUUGUUUUUAA